AUGCCACUAGUGGGCCUAAGCUCCUCACAAAGCUACUCCGGUCAACUGGCUGGCUUCCAAGCGCUGUUGGGCAUCCUCCUCGUAGCCUCAGCACUGUUCUACCUUACCCUUGGCCUCUUCUUCGGCCUCGACCCUCCAGACUGUCCCAGGCCAGCAGCUGAUCAUGCACGCAGUGGUUCUGUCCAUGUCGUCCACCGCCUCGACGCCACGCCUGCAGGCCCCUACCGCGAAGACCCCACUACCCUGCGGGCGGAACUGGCCAACGUGACCUUCUACAUCAUCACCUCCUUCAUGGCCUCGCACAACCACCUCUGCAACGAGACCAACAAGGGAGGCCACGACUGGCCGCCAGCCAAGGCGCCCGAGGACAUGGGCGGCGAGCAGCUCUUCACCUCCCUGCUACGACGGUCGCCCUACCGCACCUUCGACCGGACUCAAGCAUCGCUCUACAUCGUUCCCGUGUGGCCCUGGUGCAUCGCCCAGGCCGCCAACGAUACAGAGAAGUGGCUACUCGAGUCCAGCGAGUGGGGGCCGCGCUACCAGGCCCAGCCUCGGCAGUUCCUCAUCCACCAGCAGUCCAACCAGAACUCCGACCACCUCGGCGCCGUCUUCAAGAGCGCCACCAUCCUACACAACGGGGUGAAGAGGAAGGGCGACAGCUUUGGCGAGCCGGCCAGUCUGCCACUGCCCGAUGCGGUAAAGGACAUCUCCAUGCCCUACUGCUCGUCGGCCUCCUUCCUCUACACGCUGCCCGAUGACUACUUGAUGAACAAGCCCCGGCCCUACAUGUUCGCGGCCCACUGGGACACUCUCAAGAUCGCCACCGAGCCCAACCUGCGCCUCCAGAUCAAGGACCUCUUCACCGACCCCGCCGGGGGGCUCACCGAGGCGCUCGGCCCCAUGUUUGGCGCCACCGUGCCGCACACGUACUACGUCGAGCAGAUCACUCAGUCCGUGUUCUGCGCCGUGGCCCGGGGCCACACGCCCACCACCCGCGCCCUGUUCAACAUGCUCGCCGGCGGCUGCAUCCCGAUCCUCUUCUCCGACCGGUGGCACCUGCCCUUCGUCGACCAGCUGCCUUGGCACGAGAUGGUCAUCUUCGCCCCCGAGGAGCCUGGCGGCCCCGCUACCACCAACGCCACCACCACCAACGACACCGCCGACGUCCCCAGCUUCAUGAAUAAACAACUGAUCCAGGAGCAGAUGCGACGGCUGGCCGAUGAUGUGGAGCUCCAGCGGUUCAUGCGGGCCAACGUGAUCAAGUACCGGCGCCGGUUCUUCUUCGGCACGGGUCGAGCCGACCCGUGGGACGCGGACUGGGACAGCCCGGUGGCAGGCGACGACGACCGAAGCGGGUUCUGGGGCGAGGGGUCGCUCCUGGUGGAGUCGGCCCUGCUCGAGGCCCGCAAACGGGUGAUCGACGGCAUACCCGGACCCAACACACCGUCGCGAAGGCGGACCAUCGACGAUUUGGUGAGCCAGAUCGACCACCUGAAAGCCGUCUUGUUCUUCUAG